ACUGGACCUGGUCUUAGUGUGCUCUGACUAGAGAGAGUAUAUAUGUAAUUUGUACCCCGACUCGUCCUCGCCGUGCUUUACGGUUUCUCGUCUCUUCUCUUCUCUUCUUUUCUUUUCUGGUUUUAGCUUAUUUCUUCAGCAUAUUCACCGACGAAGGAAAAAAUGAGUGACGAGAGGAGGAAGAAGAGUAUUAACGGAGGUGCACCGGCGCAAACUAUCUCCGAUGACCGGAGAUCUAGUCUUCCGAAACUUGAAGCUUCUCCACCGCCGGGAAAACGAGCUGUCAUCAAGAGUGCUGAUAUGAAAGAGGAUAUGCAGAAGGAGGCUAUCGAUAUCGCUAUCACCGCAUUUGAGAAUUACAGUGUGGAGAAGGAUAUAGCUGAGAAUAUAAAGAAGGAGUUUGACAAGAAACAUGGUGCUACUUGGCAUUGCAUUGUUGGUCGCAACUUUGGUUCUUAUGUAACACACGAGACAAACCAUUUCGUUUACUUCUACCUCGACCAAAAAGCUGUUCUGCUCUUCAAGUCGGGUUAAGAAUUUGGUCCCAUAAAGAAAAAAUCGUUGGCAAAAAAAUGUGAUGUUCGUUCAAUCGCAUUAUUAUCAUCACGUUGUAGUUAGAUUCUUGUUUUGUAUGUCUGUGUAUGUAUGGAUUUAAGGCUUUUAACCAGCAAAAAUUUGGAGAAUAAACCCUUAAAAGUCUUUCAGUACAUGUCAUGCAUCUUCAAAUGUAUAUUUGAUUUUACCAAAUCAGCUUUGAGAAAUCUUAAUUCAGG